CCGACCCACAGGUCCCUCAUACCACGGAAGCCUCCUCCGUUCGAGCCGCCACCGAGCUGAUGACGGCCAUGGCGUCAACGACGAGCGCGCCGGGGAAGCCUCUUCUCGUCCUCAUCUCCCUCGUCACGCUGCUCCUCGUCUUCGUCUCCACCGCGGAGACCUACGACGGCCGCCAUGUGGCGGCGCGCCGCUCCAGCCUGGGGAUGACCCGGCACGUGCAUCACCGACGGACCGCGACGCCGCACCGGUACGUCCUCGCGGAGAAGAGCAACACGACGGGCGCCGGCCCCAGGAACCGCAGCGCGCCGGCGACCUCUCCGACGCCGGCGCCCCCGGCCGGACCGAGCAAGCACCACCGCAGCCACAAGCACCGCGUCCGCAACUGGAUCAUCGGCUUCGUCGUCGGGUCCGUCGCCGGCGUCAUCUCGGGGCUGGUGCUGUCGAUACUGUUCCGCCUCGCGCUCAACUACUUCAGGGGGCGGUACAGGACGCGGUCCGGCACGGUGAUCUUCACCCCGAAGCUGAUCAGGCGCGCCGAGCACCUGGCGUUCCUGGAGAAGGACGACGGGCUGGCGUCGCUGGCCGUGAUCGGGCGCGGCGGGUGCGGCGAGGUGUACAAGGCGCAGCUCCCCGUGGAGCGGGAGGGGGAGGAGCCCCGGUUCAUCGCCAUCAAGAAGAUCAAGAAGCACGGCGGCGACACGCCCAACAACCUGAGCGACGAGGAGAGCCGGCAGCUGGACAAGUGGUCGCGGCAGAUCCAGUCGGAGAUCAGGACGGUGGGCCACAUCCGGCACCGCAACCUCCUGCCGCUGGCGGCGCACGUCCCCCGCCCCGACUGCCACUACCUGGUGUACGAGUACAUGAAGAACGGCAGCCUGCACCACGCGCUCCAGGGCGGGGACGACGGCACCAGCAGCAGCAGCGGUGGCGUCGCCGCGGGGCUGUCGUGGCCUGCUCGUCUCCGCGUGGCGGUGGGCGUCGCCGAGGGCCUCGAGUACCUCCACGUCUCGCACCGGCCGCAGAUCAUCCACCGCGACCUGAAGCCGGCCAACAUCCUCCUCGACGACGACCUGGAGCCGCGCAUCGCCGACUUCGGGCUGGCCAAGGCGAUGCCCGACGCGCACACGCACGUGACGGCGUCGAACCUCGCCGGCACGUGGGGGUACAUCGCGCCGGAGUACCACCAGACGCUCAAGUUCACGGCCAAGUGCGACGUGUACAGCUUCGGGGUGAUCCUGGCGGUGCUGGCGACGGGGAAGGAGCCGUCGGACGACUUCUUCAAGCAGACGGACGAGGUGGGCAUCGUCAAGUGGCUCCGCCGCGUGAUGCAGUCGGGCGACCACGCCGAGGCUAUCGACCCGGCCAUCGCCGGCGCCGGGCACGACGAGCAGAUCGUGCUGGUGCUGCGCAUCUCCGUCUUCUGCACCAACGACCACCCCAACGACCGGCCCACCGCCAAGGACGUCCGCUGCAUGCUGUCGCAGAUCAAGAACUAGUCCAAAUUAUUAGGACCAGCAAUAAUUCAGUGCAUCUGUGCCUGUGCGUGGAACAUUGAAGUGCUGGGUCAAAGUCGUCGCGUCAACUUUCAGGUGGGGCCGGCAGACUAGGACCGGCCGUUUAAAGCACGAUACGUAGUUUUCUUGGGCAUUUAAAGCACGCUGAUAGUUCUGGAAUAUAAUCGGGACAAAGAAAAUUCUGAAAGGGAAGGCAGCGCACGCGCUGGACAGGAACCGGGUAUAUUUUGCUUUUCUUUCUCUUAGCACCAGUAGUGUGAAAGCUCGAGGAGACUAGAGCUUUAGAAUGGAUAAACAUACUUCAAUAUUCUCACGUGGUCCCGUGUAUCUUUGUAUCAUAUGUUCCAACAAUCUAUCAUAUAAUAUAUAGCACGACAAAAUUCUUGAUUUUC